AUGACGUCCAAUAGCAAUAACGAGGGAUCAUCGAUAGCGAUCGGCACUAAGCAAGUGGUAACUUCGAUUACUGUCAAUGGUGCUGUCUUUUGUGCGUUUGUGGUUAUCUUCUUAGUCCAGCGUUUGAAGCUGAAGAGAAUUUACGAACCAAAGUCGUCUUUUGACUUAAUCAACGACGAAAAAAAACCAGAGCCCUUGCCUCGUGGGGUAUGGCAGUGGUUUCUCCCACUGCUGAAAAAAUCCGAUAAUUUCAUCAUUCAACAGGCUGGGCUCGAUGGGUACUUCUUCAUCCGCUACCUGUUCAUCAUCGCCAGUUUUCUCACGAUAUCGUGUCUCUACAUCCUUCCUAUUUUACUGCCCAUAAACGCUGCGAAUGGGGUUGCGAAAACAGGCUUGGAAAUGUUGGCCUAUAGCAAUGUCGACAAGAAAGAACGUUAUUACGCGCAUGUCUUUGUCGGUUGGGCUUUUUACUGGAGCUUCUUGUUUGUCAUUUACCGUGAGCUAGUGUACUACACAUCACUCAGACAAGUCGUGAUGGCAUCUCCACGCUACGCCAAGAAGCUGUCUUCGCGUACCGUGCUGUUCCAAACAGUGCCCCGGCAGUUCCUGAGCGAGACAGAAUUUUCAAAGCUGUUCCAGGGCGUCAAACGAGUUUGGAUUGCCCGUGCCGCAAGCCAGCUAGGCAAAAAAGUCGCAGAUCGUGAAAAGAUGGCCUUGAAGCUCGAAGAAGCAGAGUCUGCCCUCUUGACCAAAGCAGUCAAGGCCAUCGCCAAAAUCAAGAAAAAGGAUCCAUCUUUUGUUCCAAGUAGCAAUAUUUUGGACUAUGUGCCUGCGAAAAAUAGGCCUCAACAUCGCUUAAAAUUCUUAGUGGGCAAGAAAGUGGACACAAUUGACUACAUCUCCGAGGAGCUGCCCAAGCUUAACGCUGAAGUCGAAGAGCUGCAAAAAAAUCGACUCGAGAAUGCCCCAUUCAAUUCCGUUUUUGUUGAGUUUGAAACGCAAUACGCUGCCCAGGUUGCAGCGCAAACAAUCAUUCAUCAUGAACCCCUAGCAAUGGUACCAGCCCAUAUUGGUAUUGCUCCUAAAGACGUCAUAUGGUCCAAUUUAAGAAUGUUUUGGUUCGAGAGAGCACUCAGAAAAUAUGCUGCUGUUGCCUUCAUUGUUGCACUAGUCCUUUUGUGGACCUUUCCCGUAGCCUUUGUGGGUAUGAUAUCUCAGAUCACAUACCUCACCGAAAAGCUUCCAUGGUUGCGUUUCAUCGAUCGCCUACCCAGCGUUUUGAGAGGUGUCCUAACAUCCCUAACACCCAUCUUGGGUCUUGCAAUCCUGAUGAUGCUGUUGCCAAUUUUCAUCAGAAGAAUGGCGUGGUUGUCAGGGUGUCCUUCGGUUCAAUCCGUCGAGUAUUUUACUCAGCAAUCAUAUUUCGCAUUUCAGGUCAUCCAGACCUUUCUGGUCACAACAAUCGCUUCAUCGGCCACAGUUGUUAUUCCAGCAAUCAUUUCUGAGCCAACCUCUGCCAUGAGCUUACUAGCGCAAAAUCUUCCUAAAGCCUCCAACUUUUUCAUUUCUUACAUUUUGUUGCAGGGAUUCUCCAUCUCCUCUGGUGCCUUACUUCAACUGGUGACUUUGAUUCUGUUCUACGUCAUGGGCUUCUUAUUGGAUAAAACUCCUAGAAAGAAGUGGACACGAUUUGUUGGUUUGGGAACUAUGGCUUGGGGUACGUCUUUCCCAGUUUACAACGCAUUGACGGUUAUUAUAUUUUCUUAUGCCAUCAUAGCGCCAAUUAUCCUUCUAUUUGGAGCCGUGUCUUUCUUCUUAUUGUACGUGGCGUACCUGUACAACUUGACAUACGUUUUCAAGGAAGCCCCAGACACCAAAGGUAGCCACUAUCCCAGAGCUCUUUACCAAACUUUUGUUGGUCUUUACAUUGGACAGGUCUGCUUGCUGGGUCUAUUCGUUGUGGGCAAAGGCUGGGGACCAAUUAUUUUACAGGCAAUCGCUUUAGGUGUGACAACAUUCAUUCACUUAAACUUCAACUCUUCAUUUGACAGACUGAUGCAGUACGUACCUGUGGAUGCAAUGAAACCACUCGACGGCAUUUCCGAUACUCCCUCGUUCAACAAUGAGAAUAAACGCAAACUAAGAAACUCUGACAUUCAAGAAUUGCCCCACUUCCCGGUCAAGAGAUAUCAACCGCGCAGCUCACCUUCAGCGGACCAAAAAACUUCCAGCGUGAGAAGCGAACACACUUACGAGAUAGCCGGUACCGCUGCGUACGAGAGUGAAAACAGCGUGAUGGCAACGCCUUUGCUGGCAGACGGCGAGGAAACGCAAUUGCAGCAAGCACCAUUCUGGAAGCGGUAUUUCCAGCCUCACGUUUACUUGUCCUACAAAGCAGUGAAGAACGUUCUGCCAGAAAUUUACAAUUUGCCUGAUCCUAACGAAGAAGUUUCCCCAGAUAAUGUUCAACAUGCAUACGAUUAUCCUGCGGUCAGCGCUAAGUGUCCACAUUUAUGGAUUCCUCGUGAUCCGUAUGGAUUUUCUACGAUUGAGUUGGCCAAACUAAGCGAAAUUGUGGACAUUAGCGACUGCGGUGCCUCUAUCAACGAGAAAGGACAAGUUUUCUGGGAAACUGCUCCCCCAUCUAUAGACAAAAUCGACGAAUUUGAAAAGCUCGACGCCAGACAAAAAAAUCCUUUCAACGAAGAAGAUGAGGAUAACUGA